UGUUAUCGAUUUGCAUAUUACGUAGUACACUAUUUUUUUUUAACUGUUGUAAAUUUAUGUUCUUCACAGAACUGAGCAGGUUGGCCGGACUCUGAGCGGCUGAACACAUCUCAUUGUAUUCAGUGUACACACAAUCAUGUCCGUUGAAAUCAUAUAUAGCAGAUUGAAUGAAAAAGAAGCCCCCAUCAGCCCGCCGGUAUUACCGAAAACAGUUGAUCGGUACGUCAUACAUGACAAUCCAGAAUCCUCUAGUGUUAUGUCUGAAAUUCUUAACUCUGAUCACGUGAACAAUGAGGAACUGCAUUUGUAUAGACAGUGGGCCUUCAUCUACGAAUGUGGAGUUAAACAUGUCCACAACUUGGACACUUUUGUGACUGGAAGCAGAAUUGAUUGUUCCGUUUCACAAGGAAGUGACGAGGAUCAAAUGAUACAGGUUAGAGACACAGAAGUGGUCACUAGCGGAAGCUGUGACGUCAGCAUGGCGGGAAAUGUGAUAACCAUGAACACAAAAGAAUGCAUGUCUGGUUUUGCUUUAUUGAGUCCGUAUAGGCUUUCUCAAAAUCUAAUCAAGCAUGAAUCUCGGUCGUGUCUGGAAUCAUGCGUCCAAUCAAAAGAUGUGACUUAUUUGUCAAGCGAGAUUUACCUUAAGUAUAUGAUGGAUAUGAUAGCUGGCAUGGAUAAAUAUUCCCCGCCUUCUUUCCAUGCUGGAGAGUCAUUGCGUCACGGUCCAUGUGUCAUGUUAAAUUACCCCGAACAGGGACAGGACUCUGAUAUAGGUAUCGGUUUGAAAUGUUCCUUAUGGCCCGAGGAAUCACUGGAAUGGAUAUCCAGAAAACGGAAAUCGAACUGGCCGGACGAAUUAUUGAUCAACAAAAUCAAAUCGAUGCCCUGUCAUAUUUUACCAGUGGGUCAUCCACUUUCUACCAGGUGUCAUUUAGAAUGGAGAUUUGCCUUCGUCGUGCCAGAACGAGAGCUCAUCUGGAAUUUCAACGACGUCCAAGUUCAGUGUUAUGUUAUCUUCAAGAGCUUGAAGAAAGAGAUACUAGACGAAAUCGCUCCUGAAGAAAUUAAUUCUUUUCAUCUGAAAACAAUUGUGUUUUGGCUCUCCGAAGAAAUAAUACAUUGGGAUCCCUCUGAUUUAAUUAACUGUGUGAAGUUGUGUUUAUCCUUCUUGAGGAAAUGCAUUCAACAAAAGUAUUUGUCACACUACUUUCUAAGAUCUCGAAAUCUUUUCGCAGUGAAACUAGAAGAUGAAAAAAUGAGGGUCCGCCUUACUGCCGAAAUUGAUCGCAUACAGAAGAACGUACUUGAAUGUUUUAUGAAUUGCAAAUGGCACAGCAAAAGAGAACACAAUUUAUUAGCAUUGCGUUCAUUAUCACAUGAACUACCACGGAUGGACUUUCUUGCAGCCGGUAGAAGCAUUUUGCAAACUAACCGCAGCAGGAAAUUCCAAAGGAACAGGUAUACCCACUCCCGAUGCCUUAGCUUUGAAGUUACCAUCUCUGUCAUGUUUUUGCAGACGAGUGUGGAGAGCUUACUAAGGGUUGCAGAAGAAGUGACCGAACAACUAGGAGAAUCUCUGAUGGGAAUCUAUGCGUUGAAGUUUCUAUCCAUUCGGGUUGGAAUGCUUUACCUUGUGGAGGCUAAAAGAACGGCGGAGAAACAGAUGCGACAGAAGCUAAUCUCUGAAUCAAAAUGGUGCUUUGAAGCGGGAUUAGAACACGACGUACUGGCUGCAUCUAUGUACUUACUUACCUAUCAUUAUCAAGCAAGAAAUUACAGCGUUAUCCGGAAAUUUAUGAGCGAACUCUUCAGCAGACGUCUAGCGAUUCCAUAUAAAGGGACACCCGGGUUGGUCAUUUGUGGGGAACGUUCAUUGCUAUCACCGGAUAUGGACGAAACUGUGACGGAAAACGAUAUGGCUAACGAAAACGACCUUGCAUUUGACGUCAUCUUCAGUUUUUCUGAUAUUGCUUGUGUGCCUCCUGCCUUACAAUAUGAACUGGCUCUUUUGGAUGGGAGAUCCAAUUGGCACUUUUGUGCAAUAAAUCCACUCGUCUAUGUCUCAUACAUGCAGUUCCAGGUAGCUGUUAGUCUGGGAGAUAUAGAAAAACUACCGCAAGCCGUUAAGCAUUUAAAGUCGAUGGUUUGGUAUGUAGAAAAUGGACAAGGGUGUUCGAAUGGAAGACCUGUAGAACUUCAUAGACAUUACAAUAUAUUGGGAUAUUGUUACUACAUCAUGAAGGACGCUAGAAAUGCCAUCGAAUGGUUUUUCAAGUCUCUGGAGACCUGUCCUACAAGUGGAAAUGCAGCGUGCUAUCACCUAUGCAAUACUGUAUAUGCAUGUAAUCUGCUUUUCUCCUUGUGAUUAAACUGAUAAAAUUCAUGGUAUAAGUAUUGUUUACAUUUAGUAUUGCAUCACAGAGUAUAUACAUGCAUAACCAUAAAGAAACCUACACGAUCUGUAUUUUUUUUUCAAACUUCAAUUCUUGUGUGACAAAACCAAGAUGGUAUUUACGAUCAGCGACAUGCCAUUUCUGAAAAAUUUACGUCAGAAGUGAAUUAAACAUUGUAUCGUCGAUUAUCAUUUGUUUCCAUUGAAAACGUCAAUUUUAGUUAUUGUCUUUUAUUUCACAACGUCGAACGCAUUGAAAAACAUGAUUUAUAAUGUUUUUGAUAGAUGUUCUCAAAUUCGCUCUGUAUUUAUAGAAAGAACAAGUGUACAAUAAGGCAUAUUUCUGAUAAAGUAUCAUGUCAAUAGUCACUCAAUGUGUAUCAAUAUGUAAAAUAACACCCAUCCACAUUUCAUUGAAAAGGUUACACACAUACAGAGUGAGAUAUACUUAUCAUGUAAGCUUUAUAUGAAUAAAAUUCAGCAGUUUUAUUUUACAAAGUUA